UCAUUGGAUAUAAUUUCCAGCGAGGGUGCGCGCGCACUACAUUCCUGAUUCAAGAUGGCGGCCUCCAUGUGCAGACGUGUUUUUCCUCUGGGAAGAAAGUUUACACGAUUUACGCUGCAAAAUGCUUGUCAGUCGACACGAUGUACGUACUCCACUGCCGAGACAAGUACAGAAACGCAAGUGGAGGUUCCAGAGGCAAAAUAUCCCCCGAUUGUGCCACCGUUAUUUGCAAAAACUGCGGAGACGAAAGAAUAUCGAACCAAACUGAUCAUCGAAGGCAUCAACGAUAAGCCAACGGCCACAGAAAUGAUCUACGAAUUGAGUAAACGUCAAAGUUGGCAUUACAAUAUUUUCCCUAGGUGUUUCCACUACAGCUUCUUGGAUUUGUACAAGCACUGUAUGAAGACAGUUAUAGUGGAAGAUCUUCCGAAGCAAAUUGUAGAAUUGGCGAACAGUCCUUCAGUAGAAAGCGCCGCCGAGAUGUUGAAACCACACGUUAUGGAUUGCAUUCUACAGCAGCAGUUAUACGUGUACAGAUACAAAGGCGACCCUGCAAAAAGAGACAGCACUGCUGGUAGACAGACCAUGGAGAAUGUCAUGCGACUUUUGUUGGCAGGACUAGCUGGAGAUUUUCAUCAUUUGAGAGAUUCACAAAUAGAUCAAGACGUGGUGGUGAAAUCCUUCUGGAAACGUGAUGAGACCAAAUUUCAGUUCACUGGAAAUCCGUUGUUUUUAAUCCGAACAAAAGAACCACUUCCUGAGUUUAUCAGCAGAGAUGAUGAGCAGCUAUGCAUUGGUGAAGUGCCGUCGUGGUCCUAUGCUCCAGAGAAUGUCAGUGUCUUCAAGCAACACAUCAACCCUGUCUGCUUUCCUGGAUUUAAGAUUGGAAAUCCAUUCACCUACGGCCAUACGCAAAUCUACAUGUCAGAAUUCAACCGGAAAAAAUGUGCUGAAAAUAAAACCUUAGAAGAAGUUCUGAUGGGCAUUGGUAUGUCGUCUUCAUUUGGAUGGCUGAAUGGACUUGCCUUAUAUCAAAUGUAUAACCCUUACAGAGACGUCACCCAACCGAUGACGUGUCAGACGAUAGUCACCGAUGGCUCCAACUUCUCAUUCUUCUGUUACCAGCUGAACACCUUAGGACUCUGCAGUCGCUCAGCAGACAAUCCGCUACGGAAUGUUUGCUGGUACACUCCAGAUAUGAAGCUGUAUGGUGACGUACAAGACGGGAGGAUUAUAGACUUCAAUGAUGAUGUCCUCAAACAGACUAUUGCUUUUCUUUUGAACCCAACUAUGCCUUUGGAAAAAUAACUGGACAAUGUCAGUUCUCAUAAAGGUGAGAAAGUUUGUCCAUGUUUCGUCAACUUGCACUACAACCUAACCUUACUUUGCACUGUGAAGUAACAUUUAAGUGCAGCAGAAAUAUGUUUUGUAGAAUACAGCAUUAAAUCUGGUCCAAUGUUCUGCCAACAAAAAUCGAUUCAUUUUUUCAACUCACUAUUUAUGUAAUAAUCUACUGCACUAAGUUGUCGAUGUCAAAAUACCACUGAACAGGAUUGCUCACAAAUCUGUCAAAACUUGGUUUUAUUUAUUUUUUCCUUUGAGUAUGGAGCAUCACAUAAUUAUACUUGGUCCAGAAAGUCUAUGUUCUAAUACAUGUGAACUUGAUUCUGAGCAAGUAACAAGACCCACAAUGUGACUGCACUUACAUUACAAAUGCCUAUCAAAAUGCAAUACCUGUACAAAACACACCUACAAAACUUGUACUUCUUAUUUUGUAAGUAACUCUCGAUGCUACAUGUCAUUUAAUGGGAAUUGUAACAUAGAGCUAGGUAACAGACUUGUCAAAAAGUGACAUUGUAAAGUGACGCUUAAUACAAGGAGAUUAUGUGAAAAAUUGGAAGGAUUUUUCGUGACUAGUUUCCUUUUGUAUACAAACACUUAUUUGGUAAAAGGCAUGUCCACACUAAAGACCACCACAAUCGUGUGGAUUAUUCAAAAUAAACUCUUUUAAAGAAAAGAAAAGGCC